AGGUCGGGGUGCAUGUAAUUCCUUCGAUCCAACGGGCCCAUCGGCGCUACGCGAGUGGCGCUGGUAACAUAGACGGCGAAUGGGCCUACUUCACUGGCGGCCCAUGUGCCACAUCCCACAUGUGCGAGUGCGACACUACUGCGACCUCCACUGAGCGACCACAGCAGGCUCUCGCCUCGCCUACCCACCCAUCUUCCCCGCUAUCGCCACGACGACGCGCACCGGAUUCGGCGACGCCGGAGGCAGGCUCCGAUCUCGAGACGAUGUCCGCCGCGAGCUCCUCGCCGUCCUCCUCAUCCUCCGCGAAGCGGCUGGAAGGGAAGGUCGCCCUCGUCACCGGUGGUGCCACCGGCAUCGGUGAAGCCAUCGUUCGCCUCUUCAGAGAGCAUGGCGCGAAGAUCUGCAUCGCGGACAUCCAGGACGAAGCCGGCCAGCAGCUGCGCGACGCCCUCGGAGACCAGGACGUCAUGUUCGUCCACUGCGACGUCACGGUCGAGGACGAAGUCAGCGCCGCCGUCGACGCGGUGGCCCAGCGGUUCGGCUCGCUGGACGUCAUGGUGAACAACGCCGGGAUCACGGGAAGCAAGGUCACUGACAUCCGCAACGUGGACUUCGCCGAGGUGCGGAAGGUGUUCGACAUCAACGUGCACGGCGUGUUCCUCGGGAUGAAGCACGCGGCGCGCGUCAUGAUCCCCCAGAAGCGGGGCUCCAUCGUGUCGCUGGCGAGCGUGGCCAGCGUCAUCGGCGGGAUGGGCCCGCACGCGUACACGGCGUCCAAGCACGCCGUCGCCGGCCUCACCAAGAGCGUCGCCGGCGAGCUCGGGCGCCACGGGGUGCGCGUGAACUGCGUCUCGCCGUACGCCGUGCCCACGGCGCUGUCCAUGCCGCACCUGCCGCAGGGCGCGCGCGCCGACGACGCGUUGAAGGACUUCCUGGCCUUCGUCGGCGGCGAGGCCAACCUCAAGGGCGUCGACCUGAUGCCCAGGGACGUCGCCGAGGCGGUGCUCUACCUGGCAAGCGACGAGGCGAGGUACGUCAGCGCGCUCAACCUCACGGUGGACGGUGGCUUCACAGCCGUGAACCAUAACCUGAAACCGUUCGAGGAUUAGUUCAAAGCUGUUCGCAGCAUUAUGCCAGCUCUGCUCUGCGAGUAUUGGCACUGCUGUUCCGAGAUGUGGCAUGUGCUAUAUUUGUAGCAAGAUUAAGCGUCCGCAAGACUAAUGAGCCCGGUACAUGAAUGUAGGGCAACUGAUUGGACCUUCGAAAUAAACAGUGCCGAAUUCGUGUGUAUGAUCAAUGAGAAUGUGCAAGAAUUAAUUUCCA